UCGUCAGAAUCAAACUGGCAGGCACAGGCUUCAGCGCGUCGGCACUCGGCAGCUAUCUCACUCGGUUGGCGACUUUCGGCUGUUUCGUAAGAAGAGUCCCCUCACAGUUUUUCAUGGACCAGGAGUAGGAACCAGGUGUGCAUUGGGUUAUAGUACCUGCACUUGAAUUUAGCCUUGUCCACUGUGAUGGGAGAUCAAGAUCUAACAGAGGAGAGUGGGUCAGAGGAACAGGAAGACCAGAACAUCCAAGAAAAUGGCUUUCACACAUUUUCUCAGCUGUCGGCGAGUGUGCAAGCUGUUGUGCGCAUUCGCCAAAAAUACCAAGCCCUUAAAAAGAGGCGUUUGGAAAUGGCUGGAUCACAGCCCACCUUCUCCUCUCCACGCACGAGCCCAAAGAUUUUCACCUUUGAUGCCCAGUCGGUCAACAGUCCACCACCUGUUGUUGCUCGCAAAAAGAAGAGGAGGAAACGAGGACGGGUUCUGUAUCCCAGUGCUCGGUACCGUAAAGUUGUGCCCAAACAUGAGCAUAGCCGGGCCAAGAACUGCCUUUUCCUACUGUGCUUCAUCCUGUUCCUUCAAGUCUACAAUGCCAUCGAGAACCUGGAUGACCACGUGCUGAGGUAUGACCUGGAGGGUCUAGAGAAGGUCCUGAAGAGGGAGGUAUUUGGACAGCAAGAGGUGCGGGAUAAUCUUAUGGAGCAUUUGAAGGAUUACUUGUCCACAUACGUCCACAGCAAACCUCUGGUGUUGUCCUUGCACGGCCCGACUGGCGUUGGCAAGAGCCAUUUGGGCCGCCUCCUGGCCCAGCAUUUUCGCUACAUGGUCGGGGAGCGGCUGGUCCUGCAGUACUUCGCCCUGCACCACUGCCCCUCGGCAGAUGAGGUGGCGAGCUGCGCUCAGAGUCUGGCCACUCUCGUCUCCGACAUGGUCACGCAGGCGGAGGACGAGGAGAAGAUCCCCGUCUUCAUCUUCGACGAGGUGGAGCACAUGCCGCGGCCGCUGCUGGACAAGCUCCACGAGCUGAUCCGCGCGCGCCACAUGAACGAGUACCUCAACGCCAUGUACAUCCUCAUCAGCAGCCACGGCCACGAGGAGAUCGCCAAGUUUGUGCUGCACAACUCCUCCUCGAGCUUGGCCGGGGACGGCCGCGGCGGGCGCGUCAGCCGAGAGCUGGCGCCGCUGCUGCGGCAAGGCCUGGUGAAACGCCACCUGCUGUGGAAGGACGCCGAGAUCUUACCGCUCACUCUCCUGGAGAAAAGCCACGUCGUUCAGUGCUUUGUGGACGAGAUGUCCAGAGAGGGUUUCUACCCCGACCUUACACACAUUGAACAACUAGCGGGAGAGAUCUCCUACUAUUCUGUCGGGGGUCGGGAGUUUUCUCGCACAGGGUGCAAGCAGGUGGUGGCAAAGGUCAAUCUGCUGUGAGGGUGCUUUAAGUUGGGGAAAUGUUAGGACGAUUCCAAGAGCCCUGCACCGACAGAAGGCCCCUUGUGGAGCAUAAUAACCAACAUAAUAGUAAACGAGGGGCCCAAUUUUAUAUUCUAUCAUAGGAGCCAAAAUUUCUAGCAGCACCCUCAUUGGAAGUUGAGUAGAAUGUAGAAAUGUAUUUGGACAAAAACAAGCUCUGUUGUGUAAACAUUAUCUGCACUAUACCACACCAGUCAACACCUAAGGAAGGAGAGAAGGAGGUAGGAAAACAGCGAAGGAAAAAUCAGGGCAACCUCAUUCAUUGUGCUUUACUCUUGUUAAUGUUUGUGUUUUAUAUUAUUUUUAAUAAUAAAGAGCUGAAUGAUGUUCGUUGAA